AUGGAUCACCAACUUCAUUGGACAUUCCAGAACCAUGUGGUAUGCGUCUUAUGCGAUAAUGAGCAGCAACUCUCGGAUGUUGCACUGUUACCUUCGAAGAAAGUGGCUACUGUCAUUUUAUUUUCUUGUCUGGCGCGUUACGGUGUGAUUCCAUUGGACGUCAAAACACGCUAUAAAAACUUAUUUGUUGCUAGAAAAAGGAUAUGCAAGGAGCAUUUCAUUCAAGCGAGCACGCUACCCAUAGAUAAGAAAGAUGUGAGAGAAUUUAUCAACGAAUAUAUGGCGGAGUUUCGUGAUGAAGUUGCAGCAAAGCUAAACAGCACGGACACACCUGAAUGCACACUGUUUCUGAAGCAUGUAUUGUAUCGUUUGAAGGCUAAUGCCAAUCUGGAUCUGAAGAAGGAACAGGAAGAGCCAUCGACUUCACAAGAUUCUUGCACAGAACAGCUUCCUAGUACAAGUGGUAUGUUUUCGUAA